AUCUAGAGUAUCUAAAACUGAAAGGGUGACUCUCUCUCUCUCUCUCUCUCUCUCAAAGUUGCUCCAAAUUUCAUAGCAGAGAGCCCUGAAAGAUGGCAGAUACGCAAGUUCACUGUAGCCAUGCAACAUUUAGGCGAAGCUCACACUUGCUAUUAACACCAACAACACAGCGUACCGCCUUCGCUUCGUCUCCAAGCCGUGUCUACUUCGACACGCCCAAGACCAAAGUCUUAGCCAUGGCUGUCAAGAGAAGUCCUAAGCGUCUUAAAUACAUCGAUCCUCACUUCACUAAGGAGGAUGGUUUGAUGUAUGUUGAAGUGGAUCCAUCAGGAGUUGACAGUUGGAAACUCGAACCUGUUGUUGAACUUCUGAAAGAGGGAGCUGUGGGGAUUAUUCCUACUGACACUGUGUAUGCAAUAGUGUGUCAUUUGAAGAACCACUCAGCUAUUGAACGUCUUAGAAGAAUAAAGAAUAUAGAGCCCUCAAAGCCUCUUAGUAUCUUAUGUCGCUCUUUCCGGGAUAUAGAUAUAUAUACAACAGGUUUCCCUCGAGGGAAUGUUCAAGGACAGGCAGAUAUAUUUCGAGCUGUUAAACACUGCUUACCUGGACCUUACACUUUCAUUUUAACUGCCAGUAAAGAAUUGCCUAAACAAUGCAUAAGAUAUGGUACUACAACAGCCAGAUAUGCUUUGAGAAAAAAUGUGGGUGUCCGUAUCCCUGAUGAUGUCAUAUGCCAAGCAAUAUUGGGAAAAAUGGAUGCUCCAUUGAUAUCUACAAGCGUCGAAUCGCCAAGGGAGAAUGAAUGGAUGAUGGAUCCGGUGGUGAUAGCAGAUAUAUAUGGACCAGAGGGCCUUGAUUUUGUUGUUGAUGGUGGUGUAAGAGUCGCUGAUCCUUCCACUGUAGUUGACAUGACUGGGGCUUAUCCAAAAGUUAUCCGGCCAGGAAAAGGACCUAAAUUACACUGGAUGGAAGAUAUCGAUGCUGAUGACUCAGAGACACUUAAAGAUCUCAUACCUUCUGCCACGUAAGAUGUUCUCACACAUUAAUCCAACAAAAACCUGUACAAAAUUAUAGUUUGUCUUGCAUUCAUCACUGGUUCUGUGGCAUUUCAGUUUUGGGUCACAGAAUUAACAUGACCCUUGCAUAGAGAAUAUGUCUAUGUUUUGUAAAUGUCUGGUCAAGAAACGCUACUGCAAAUUUCAAUGUAUGCAUUUACACCGAAUGCUUUAUCCAGGCAACUACUAAAUGGUCAAUUGGUUUGAGGCUAAUGAAAUUACAUCUAUAGAGAUUAUCCUUGCUAUA